AUGGAAGCAGAAUCGAAUCUUCCUGGCAUCUCGGCUAAGAUGCCCAGGCUCCACCAGGAGAAGUCCCAGAAGUGGACUCGCAGGUCAGCAGCAAGGUUGGCUUUGCUCGGGCGUUUUGCGCUUUGCUCAGCUUGGGUCCCCCUUGGCGACCUUGGGUACUUGGGUAGGUUGGCAUUGAAGUAUGGCAUCGACGGGCUUUGCUAUCCUGUCCUACUGGCCUCCACGCGCGUGGUGAUGCUAAAGAGUGAGGAGCUUUUGCUGAGCGGUCGGGAGGAGGGGCUUUGGUCCCUUUUCGGCGGUCUCUUCGCUUCCCUCUUGUCCACGGCCUUGGAGGAGGCCAUGGAGAUCUUCGUGGGGAUGUGCGUGGAUCACGGCAGUGCAGAUCCUGCUGACAAGCUGGUCUUGAAGGCGCCGCGGCCUCCAAGGUUUAAGCUCCUUUCUGCCAUGAACUGUCAAUGA